UUUAUAGUUGUGUAAGUUAACUAUCGAAUAUGUUGGUGAACGGCGACCGUAUAUCUUACCAGUGCCCUGUAGUCGGUAACUACGAGGAUAUGCAAUGGAUGGGACAAUGCCCGAUGGCAAGUCAGUGGUCGAAACCGGAGACCAUGUGUAGUUACGUGUACGGCUAUAACGAACCUUACUUUAAGUUACCUAACCAGCGUAUUAAUGAUUAUGCGUGUGAUUAUGUAUAUUAUGGUGGUCAAGUGCAAGCAGUGUACCCACCACAGACAUUGAAUUUACCCUGUCAGGGGCAGCAAUGGGACUACAGUACGAUGUGUUAUGACGUGGAUGGACAACCCUGUCAGUAUACAAAUGUUGUUGAUCUGGAGGAUUUUAUGAAUAAUGAGAAAAGGAAGGAGAAGUCUCGUGUGGCGGCGCGCUGCCGGCGCACCAAGGAGAUGCAGAUCUUUGCAGAGUUGACUGCCGCGUUGCCUGCAAAGAAGGAGGAGGUGGAACAGCUGGAUAAGGCGUCAGUGAUGCGCCUUGCCAUCUCCUACCUGCGUGUCCGUGAUGUUGUGUCUAUGUUGCCAGAAGGCAACACGGAGCCGCCAAAGCUGCAAAGCCCGAAAGGUCUAGAAGAAAUCCAGUCGGAGUUAUCAUACAUGCAGGCGCUUGACGGCUUUGUUCUGGUGCUGUCGCAACAGGGAGACAUCGUCUACUGCAGCGAGAACAUUGCUGAACAUCUUGGAGUAUCACAGAUGGAAAUAAUGGGUCAGAGUGUGUUCGAGUUAAGCCAUCCGUGUGACCACGAGGAGAUGCGCGAGGCGCUGCGCAGCGGGGCCGGCCGACGGGACAUGCUGCUGCGCCUUAAGUGCACAUUAACCAGCAAGGGCAGGAGCGUGCAUCUCAAGUCUGCAUCCUAUAAGGUCAUCCAUCUCACCGGUCACAUGCUGUCUCCGUCUAAAGACGAUAAGGAUUCUGAACAAAAACCUGGAGUAGAUAAGAAGGACUCUGAAGAUAAGCACAGCAAGAACGGUGCUUUAGUGGCUGUGGGCAGACCCAUCCCGCACCCAGCCAAUAUCGAGAUCCCUCUGGACUCCACCACGUUUUUGUCCAAACACAGCUUGGAUAUGAAGUUCUCGUAUACCGAUGAAGGAUUAAUGAAUACUCUGGGAUUCGAACCGGACGAAUUGGUCGGUCGUUCCUUGUAUGAAUAUCAUCAUGCAGCAGACACUGCAAAUCUGGCUCAGCAGUUCAAAUCUCUUUUCUCGAAAGGACAAUGCGAGACAGGGCAGUACCGCUUCCUGGCGAAGACCGGAGGUUACGCCUGGGUUCAAACUCAGGCCACCGUCAUCACAGACAAACAACAAAAGCCAAUCAGCGUCGUAUGUGUCAACUACGUAAUCAGCGGUAUCGAGUGCAGAGAUGAGGUGUUUGCUGCACACCAAGUGCAGCAUGCUGACGUAAAACCUGUCGUGGUCCCGAAGCCACAGAAGGCAGCGCCAGUCCCUAUCUGCCACCCGGCGACAGAGGCAGGCAACGGCGCAAUAGUAGCCGCAGUACUCCCGGAGGAGGAACGACCUAUACCAGUCACAGAAUUGAUAUUCGCACCGCGAAAGAAAGAAAUGAACAAAGGCUUUCUCAUGUUCUCCCAAGACGAAGGACUUACAAGUGAGUGGCACAACAACUUCCACAGCUUAGUGCUUAAGGACGAGCCUGAAGACCUGACACACUUGGCGCCCACAGCAGGAGACACUUGUAUCCCACUGGAGAAUACCCCAUUUGAUAUGUUCGAAGAUUUUAUUUUGAGCGACAAUUAUUGUAGCUUACUUGGCGACGAUUUGGCGACCGGAUCGCCAGUCGACUCGCUCACUGCUGACUCCCUUUUAUCCUCACCCGAUCCUCAGGAAACUGAAUCGUCAUGCGAACAGUCUUCCCUAUUAACAGAAUUGACGCUAGAUGCAUUCGACAAUGGUCGAUCAGAUAAUGACAUCGAAGAUGGAAAUUCUCCGUUCAUUCCUACCAGCGAUGAACUGCCGGUUCUGGAAUCGGCAGUCAUGUGGGGCGCCUUGCCCGACAAUGUCAGCCUCGCGAGGCCCCAGCCCUCAGAGUCACAAAACGUGUCAAGCGCGUCAGCGUUACAACGUCUGCUCGCCGCUGCCCCCACAGGACCACCACCUCAGGAUCUUAUAACGAAUAUUUACUCAGAUCAAGGUCUCAUUCCAAACAGGAGUGUAUCAUCAUGGGACACUGGUGUCAAGAGGGUGUUAAAGCAAGAGGAGGAGCCGAUCGCGAAGCGCGUCAAGCGCAGCCCCUCCCCAGUGGAUGUGCCGCGGACGCAGUCGCAGUCAUCCAGCGUCCUCAUGAACCUCCUGGAUAUGCCGCAACAGAUGCAGCACAAUCAAAACACCCCAAAUAUGUCUCCCAAUUAUCAACAGAUUAUAAACGGACAGACACUACCUCAAUUAAAUUCAAUUAAUAGGAACAACAUUCCCAUUCCCGUCAUAAAUAUCAUACAAUCAUCUAACAACAUGAUGCGUUCAAGCACACCUAUCAAUGCCAUGACUCCUUUAACCCUUAACGUCAACUCUCCGAUGUACUCUCUCCCUCCCAGCCCGAAUACAUCCAACUACACCAGCCCGGCUAUGAGCCCCGCGCAAAGGGAACUCCUCAGUCCCUAUUCGACCCCCCAAUCGCUGUCACCAGUCGGCAAAUUCACGCAGAGCUAUAGCCCUAAUAGCAGGCACAUGUCGCCUGUCAGUAUGUUGCACGGAUACGACCCUUAUCUAAGUAACAAGAUGCAACCCAGCCCAGGCAUCCCGCUCCAGCAGAAUGACAUGCUUCUCGAUUCCAACAUGUCCCUGACUUCCAACGACUUCUGGACAGAUCCCGAGAUGAUGCAGGACAACAGCGAUCUGCUAAUGGCCUUCGAUGACGUCAAAUUAGGGUAGUACAGAUACAAGUGGAGUGAUUUUUACCGACCUCUAAGGAAGUUUUGUCGAAACAUUGAAUAUAUUGAAGCUAACAAAAUUAAUGAUUUUAAUCACAUAUUCACAUGUUCGCACAAUCAUUCCGAUAGAUAGUGUAUUGUCGGAACUUUUUUCAAUAGGAAACACUUGUAUGCAGAGUUGAUGAGGGUAGAAACAAUAAAAGUCCCAAGGGAUUUCACGCAAAUUUUAUCAAAGUUACCUACCUACAACUCAUAUUUUGUAUCAACAGUAUAAAAUAUCUUUUAAAAUAUCAAUAAAAGAAUGAAUUUUAUAGUAUAUAAGAAUAUUUUGUAUUUAUUGAAGUUAUUGUUGGAAUCUUAUAUAGCAACGAUGUGACUUGAAUGAAUGACAGAUAACAAUUUAUAUAUUUAGUUAAACUUUUAAGUAAGAGUGGUUGUAAUUUAAGAACAUAGAUGAUAAAAUAUAUUGCAAAUGUUAUGAAGCCUACGGCUAUAGAUAUAUAAUCUACUUCCUUUGGACCACGACUCCGUCCGCCUGGCAUUAA